AAAUUUAAAAACUAUAUUUAUAUAACAUAAAUAUUACUAAUAGUGAAAUUAAGUAGUUCCAAUUAUAACAAUCAAUUGUUACAUAAAUAAAACUUUUAUUUCUUUAGUGUAAAGAGAAUAUUAAUAUUAUUAUUCUUAUUAAAAUAUUAAUAAUUAAUAUUAAUAUUAUUAAUAUUAUUAUUAAAAUAAAAUGUUACGUUCAACUUCAAAUAAUGUUUUAAAACAGAGACAAAAUUUAAUACAAUGUUUGAAUAUGCAAAAAUCUACAAAAGGAAAAAAUAAUAAAUCAACAAUAAAAUCAAAUAUUUCAGGACUCAGUGAAAAAUGUUGUGAAGUUCCAAGUACACGUAAGAUAUAUUUACAUAUAUUAUAAUAUAUUUAAAUUAAUAAU